UUCAUGGGUGUGGUGAUUAGCUUGCUUGGUGUAAAUUGUAGUGGUCAAAUUCGAGCAGAGUAACACUUGUUUUGUCCGCUUGAAAUCACUGAAAAAAACUUAAAAUUAACACACCUGCCUUUACGAUUCCUCUCACAGCUGUGGGCAUGGUUGUCGUGUGAAAGCGGACCGGGUGGACUUGAUCAGAAGAACAGACAGCCUGUUUCAGGUGUCAGCUGGUAGAGUGUGUGGGCACGCGUACGUGUGCAUGUCUGUGUGUGCAACUGGGUGGGUGAAUGUGAGCGCAAGUGUGUGCAUGCGUGCAGGCCCGUGUUUUCCCAGCAGGCAGUGUUUGGACUGAAGUAGUGGCCUGAAGACAUCACAGAGGGACAAUGAGUGAGCUGGAGCAGUUGCGGCAGGAAGCUGAGCAGCUACGCAAUCAGAUCCGGGAUGCCAGGAAAGCAUGCAGUGACUCCACUCUGUCACAGAUCACAGCUGGUCUGGACUCAGUGGGCCGGAUACAGAUGCGGACGCGACGCACUCUCAGGGGCCACCUGGCCAAGAUCUAUGCAAUGCACUGGGGGAGUGACUCCAGUGAUGGGAGUCCCAGGUCACUUGUCAGUGCCUCGCAAGAUGGAAAGCUUAUUAUAUGGGACAGCUACACAACAAAUAAGAUGCACGCCAUCCCACUGCGCUCUUCCUGGGUGAUGACCUGUGCGUACGCCCCCUCUGGGAACUAUGUAGCCUGCGGAGGUCUGGACAACAUCUGCUCCAUAUACAGCCUGAAGACCCGCGAGGGCAACGUGCGCGUCACCCGGGAGCUACCAGGACACACGGGUUAUUUAUCCUGCUGUCGCUUCUUGGAUGACAACCAGAUACUAACCAGCUCUGGAGACACAACCUGUGCACUGUGGGACAUCGAGACAGGCCAGCAGGCCACCAGCUUCACUGGUCACACAGGGGAUGUGAUGAGCUUGUCUCUGAGCCCGGACUUCAAGACGUUUGUGUCGGGUGCGUGUGACGCCACAUCCAAGCUGUGGGACAUCCGUGAUGGCAUGUGCAGGCAAUCGUUCACUGGCCAUGUGUCUGACAUCAAUGCUGUCACUUUCUUCCCCAAUGGGAAUGCCUUCGGCACCGGCUCCGAUGAUGCUACCUGCAGGCUCUUUGACCUGCGUGCCGACCAGGAGCUGAUGAUGUACAGCCACGACAACAUCAUCUGCGGCAUAACCUCGGUUGCGUUCUCUAAGAGCGGCCGCCUGCUCUUAGCUGGCUAUGACGACUUCAACUGCAAUGUGUGGGACACUCUAAAAGGCGAGCGUGCAGGUGUGCUAGCAGGCCAUGACAACAGAGUCAGCUGUUUAGGAGUAACGUCGGACGGCAUGGCCGUGGCCACCGGCUCCUGGGACAGUUUCCUCCGGAUCUGGAAUUAAGAA